CCCUUCUGAAGUCAAUUUCGGCUGCUCACCAGUCGUCGCAUUCUCCACGCGCCACCUCAGCUUGUGAUCCGGAUCGGAAGUCUCGCCUGUCUACUCACAUCCCCGAUCUCGAGAGCGUAAGUCUGCGACAUUCUGUCAGCCUGCGCGGUGGAUUAAAUUUCACUCCCAAUGCCUCCGCCGAAUACGAGACAGACCGAACACCCGAAAAUGAAACUGCCAUUGAGGCCUCCUACAUUUCGCCAUCAUUACUUUCACUCAUUCUUAAAAAA